CUGAGGAGAAGAGAGCACAUUUCCCGUGCAACACGCACAAAUGAUGGAGGUGGAUAAUUGCAGGCCUUAGGAGUCUAGAUAGGUAUGCCUGAGAGGAGGAAGAAAGCAGGGAAAUUGUAGGCGGAGAUGGGCUGUCUCUGUGGUGAAAUUGCUCGCUUUCGGGAUUAAUUAAAUGGGAUUGGUCCAUGGCGGCUUGGCUGCCGAGCGUCACAUCGUCGACUUCUUUGGCUGCGCUGGCUCGCUGGCUGCACCGUCUCAUCCUCUUUCAACGGGUCCGGCUCUCGACUCCUAUCGAGUUUUCCCUCCCCUUCCUCCCAUCUCCAUCAUCCGUCAUCAACAAUCUCAUCUCCAUCGCCGCAUGUUACGAACGACACGACUUUAGCUUGCAUUGUAUACUCGCAGCAGUUCUUAACCCCAUCUCUCCGUCCUGUUCGACUCGGGCCCCUCAAACCACUCAAUUCGCCCUCGGCCACCUCCGCCCUACACCGUCACGUCCAUCUGUCGCCGCGCCCACCGUACCCCUCGAGACUCCGUUCUGCUUACCGAUCCGCCACCCUCGACGGCUCCAGCAAGGGUCGUUUCUGUACAGCACAGCGAUACGUGAGGCGUCCUCGAAGACGGCUUGUUCUUGGCGUUGGGUGUCGACGCCUGUGACUCGAAUUGAAGCUUAGUGGAAUUGCAUGGCUGGUGUUUGGUCUUGAUUGAUUCGUUGCAUUGCCGGUGUUUUGUGUAGCUCUGGUGAGUCUUUACAAUCACUCACG